AGAGAAAGAGGGAAAAGGAGGCUUUCCCUUCUGGAAAAGGGAAGUGAGCCUGGCUUUUCCUCCUCCUUUCCCUCCCUCUUCCCCUUGUGUUUCCCUCUCUCUCUCUCUCUCUGGCUGGAGGGAAGUGAAAAUGAAAUCGACUUUUCGGAGAAAUGAUGAAAGCGGCGCCGGCUGCCAAUGAGCUUCUGCGGCAAACUUCCGCACCUCUUUCUCCCCUCCUCCCCGCACAAACAAGGCCUGGGAACAAGGAGAAGGAGAAGGAGAAAGGGAAGGCGAGCUGGAGGAACCGAGGGAGGGAAGGAAAGAGAGGCGAGCCAAGGGUUUGGGUUUUCCUCAAAGCCCCGGCGCCUUGUUUUGCUUUCGAUCUGGACUCCGAGGCGGAAUUAACUUUUAGUUUUGCUCCCGCCGCCAUCCAACCCCGCCGCCUCUUUCCCUUUCCAUUUCGCGUCUCUUGGCAACCGAGGCAACCUUGAAGGAAGGAAGGAAUAUUGCACACCAUUCUGGGAAACAAUGCCGGUGGAAAGAAUGCGAAUGCGGCCAUGGCUAGAGGAGCAAAUACAUUCAAACAAAAUACCAGGUCUGAAAUGGCUAAAUGAGGAAAAGAAGAUUUUUCAAAUUCCUUGGAUGCAUGCGGCACGUCAUGGGUGGGAUGUUGAAAAAGAUGCCCCCUUGUUCAGGAACUGGGCCAUUCACACAGGAAAGUACCAGCCAGGAGUCGAUAAAGCAGAUCCAAAGACGUGGAAGGCAAAUUUCCGAUGUGCAAUGAACUCCUUGCCUGAUAUUGAAGAAGUCAAAGACAAAAGCAUAAAGAAAGGAAACAAUGCCUUCAGAGUAUACCGAAUGUUGCCAUUAUCAGAGAGGCCCAAAAAAGGAAAGAAACCCAAAUCAGACAAGGAAGAUAAGGUGAAGCUAAUUAAGCAAGAACCAGAGGAGUCGUCUUACGAACUGUGUAAUGGGUCAAGUCAAACAUUUCCUGAUUUCUGCUUAUCUUCCACAAUAAAAACUGAAGUCGACAGUACAAUAAACAUUGUAGUUGUAGGAGACGCACACUUUGAGGUUGGUCCUGAUGAUCAUAUGAUAGUUUCCAAUCCUCCCGAUGUUUGUCAAGUGGUGGAAGUGACAACAGAGUGUGAUGAUCAGCCCAGCAGUAUGAGUCAACUGUACCCAUUACAGAUCUCCCCAGUUUCAUCCUACGCAGAAAGUGAAACUACAGAUAGCAUCCCAAGUGAUGAAGAAAAUGCACAGGGUCAAGCUCAGUGGAAAAAGAAAAACAUUGGCAACAAGCAAUACUAUAGCAACUUGGGGAUGAGGAACUCGCCGUACCCACUUCCCAGUAUGGCUACUUUUGUGACUUCUAAUAAGCCUGACCUCCAGGUGACCAUCAAGGAAGAAAGCCGCCCACUGCCUUACAACAGCUCAUGGCCUUCCUUCCCAGAGCUCCCUCUCUCACAAAUAGUAUGUUCGGCUUCCACCAGUUUCAGCAGUAGGCCGCAGGAUCACGAGAACCGGGCAAGCGUCAUCAAGAAAACAUCAGAUAUCACUCAGUCGAGAGUCAAGAGCAGCUAAGCCAUGAACCGUUGGGUUCUCUGCAAACUCUGUGUUGUGGCUUUGAGGAACUCAUUUUAACGUACAUUCAACGGAUUGAAGGAAAAAGCCUUGCUAAUGCAGAAGAUUACUGUGUCCAACCUCCAGUGCUGGAGCGUUUUCAACUCAGGACUCCAGAAUGUAGACGUGAAGCCGGUCGGAGUUCCAAGGUUGCAGCCCAGGGAAUGAAGGCCGACAGGAGUCCGUUCCGGAACGUCAUGGAGACGCCCAACAACCCCCCAAAACAGAGUUGCUGCAGUUUUUGCAGCCGCGGCCAUCAUGGAAAUGACAACCUUUGGAACGGAAGACAGAAAAAUGUGAACUAGCUGGAUUAUUAUUUUUUUCCAAAAUGUAUUGUGAAUAUAUGUACAUAGUGCAGUACUAGCAAUAUUGCAGUCUGCUUUUGCACCUUAUUAAAAGCACUUGCAAAAAAAGAAAAGGCCUUUCAUUAUGUGGCUCUAAAUAAUGGCACACUUAAAAGAUCUUCUUCCUGCUCCGAACUCCAGGGCUCUUCUGGCUAAUGUGGCCUUGGACUAUGGGCAAAUGAAUUAAAUAGGAAGGCGAGAAUCUUCCCAUGUACAUUUCAGAGAUUGUUUUUAAGAGUGCUUGUCUUAUAUGUGUCUAAUCUGCUAUGCUUGAAAGCUGUGUGGUACAAUAGAAGAAAUUUUUAUUACAGAUAUAUUAUGCAAAUUCCCAGAUUUUGAAGGAAAAAAAUACUCUAAUUCUAACCGGAGUAAGCUUUUUAUUUUUUAUACAGUGGAAUAUUUUAUUCAAAGUAAAAAAAAAAAUCUAAAGUGAAUAUAAUUGUUUCAGGUUUUUUAUCUUUUCUACAGCAAAUUUAUAAUUUUACAAUUCAGUAUCUUGGUUGUCAGCAAUUAUUACAUCUUGUGGCACAUUUUCUUUCUUUGCUCUCUCUCUCUUUCUUUUUUUUUACAAUUUGUAAAGGUGAAAUAGCUUUUAAUAAAUUUUAUGUAGCAAUCAAGCUAUCCUGUGGAUUGAUAAUAAAUAUUAUAUAUAGUUAAAUUUUUAAAUAAA